CGCAACCUGAUAGUUGGCGGGAACAAAGCACAUUUUGUAGCAUAUGAUGAUAUAACAAGAACACAGACUGACCAUGUUUAAAAGUCUUCUUAAUGCCUUGAGCAGUAAAGUUUUUGGUUCUGGGCAAAGUGAAAGUAGUAGUCCUGGUGAGGAUCAUGAGAAUUCAUCUAGUAAUGCGCAUGCAGUAAAGGAAAGUUCAGCUGAUCCAAGUGCAAUACCACCAACUGACCCACCUGUGCAGAAAACUGAAAACUUGAAGGAGGCAUCAACUGAUAUAACCGUGUCUAAGACUGAUGGAAAAGAUAAGAACAACUCUGGAUCUGAAGUCAAAAAUGAAAAAUUGUCCUCUUCUGUCAUUUACACUAAGGGCAAGAAUAGCACCUCAGAUCAGGACACAUCGCACAUUGCAGCCGAGAGAAAGGACCAGGUGAAGGAAAAAGUGAUCGGUACAGGAACUGAUCAGAAUACUUCCAGUCACAAGGCUGCUGAAAAUGGACAAGAUAUGUCCGAGUGGGUCACACUUGAAAUGCCUAAAGGCAAACGAUCCCCCAGGAAUCGGAAGAGCAAAUCUCCUAGGAACCAGGGUAAGAAAUCAAGUGCCAAAACAGAUUUGUCUGAUACAAGUGGGGAUCCCAAGUCUUCAUCGAACCUGGAUGAUGUAAUUAAAGAAAAAGCCUCAACACCUGACAGCAAGUUUGAGAAAAAAGGAAAAUGUGAUACAGGAAGUGAAUCAGCAGGAGAUGCCAGGGAAUCUGUGGUGAAGGGUAGCCUAGACGAGGACUCCUUCUCCAACAUGCUAGUGUCUUCAAUGCUGGAGGAAAUUGUUGGUCAAAUGUCUGAGGUUACUGUUAAAGACACGAUGAGUGACACGGUCACUGUUAAAGACACGAUGAGUGACAAGGUCACUGUUAAAGACACAAUGAGUGACACGGUCACUGUUAAAGACACAAUGAGCGACAAGAUCACUGUUGAAGACACGAUGAGUGACACGGUCACUGUUAAAGACACAAUGAGCGACAAGAUCACUGUUAAAGACACGAUGAGUGACACGGUCACUGUUAAAGACACGAUGAGUGACACGGUCACUGUUAAAGACACGAUGAGCGACAAGAUCACUGUUAAAGACACGAUGAGCGACAAGAUCACUGUUAAAGACACCAUGACCGACACAAAGGCUGAGAAUACAAACCAGAAUAAUAUUAAUGAUCCAGCCGAUUCCUCCAAGCCACAGGAUGAUAAUUGGAGAGCCAAAAAAACAACUGAUACACGACGGGAUGACAGCUGUAGAGCUAGAGGAGCCAGUGACAAACCACAGGAGGGCAGCUGGCGCGCAAAAGGACCAAACAGGCAGAGGGAAGAAUAUGGUAGGGAGAAGCCACAGCGUGGAAAAAAGGGAACGAGACGACAGGAUCAUAAACAAGGAUACAAUGAUGAUCAUCCUCCCUCAGGGGAGGGAAAAGGAGACGAAGGGAUGAGUGAGGAAAGGAAAAACUUGUCACCUAUUGACUCAAAUCUAGAAAAGGAAGAUUUUCUGGAAUACUGUAAAAUGAGUACAGAGCGUGACAAAUUGAUCCGGGCCAAGAAGCUGAUCUACAAACUGGGUUACUUGAAAGAUGUGCAACAGGAUGAGAUCAAAGAUGUUAUUCUUGGCCAAUACAAAAUAGCCGCAAGACGUUCGGUGCAUGGUUGGAUUGAAGAUUGCCGUUACUUUUCAGAAGUUAUGAUUUCACAAGAUUGGAUUGAUGAUAAUAUUCUGUACCUGAAUCCCAGAUUAAACAAGAAAUCCACCAACAAAAGGACUAAAAACCGGUACAUGGAGAAGGAGGAUUCAUUUGCAAGGAAGACAGGUGGUCUGUGUCAGGAUGUCCGACUCCUCACCAAUCCUAACCUGACGGUGGUUAGGGUCAAUAUGAAGUCAAGUGGUGGAGUAGAGAAAAUUAAUGGCGACAGUGAGUCUACAAGUGACGCCAAGAGUGUGGACAGUAAUGGUGGGAAGCCUGGAGAGGUUGAUCCUAAAACAAAGGUUCACAAUGGCAAGAAGGAAGGUGGCCCUGUGUCUGAAGUGAAGGAAGUAAGCAAGGAGAAAUUCACAACAGAUUCUCGGAAAGAGGAUGAAGAUAUUUUUGAAGAUUGUUUAGAGGAAUAUGUAGAGAAUACAAGUAUUGAAGAGGACAAAAAUAGAUUGGAAAGUGUAAAAACAUCUGAUGUAGGUAGUUCAAGCAGGGCUGUUAUGGUGGGAGAAGAACCUGUGAGGGAGGAGGGAAAGAGGGAGGAACCUUUGAAGGAGGAGGAAAAGGUGGAAGAACGUAUGAAGGAGGAAGAAAAGGGAGAAAAAUCUGUGAAGCAAGAGGGAAAUGGGAUGGGGGAGGGAGAGAGGGAAGAACCUAUGAAGGAGGAGGAAAAGAAGGAAGAACCUGUGAAGGAGGAGGGAAAUGGGAUGGAGGAGGGAGAGAGGGAAGAACCUAUGAAGGAGGAGGAAAAGACGGAAGAAUCUGUGAAGCAAGAGGGAAAUGGGAUGGAGGAGGGAGAGAGGGAAGAACCUAUGAACGAGGAGGGAGAGAGGGAAGAACCUAUGAAGGAGGAGGAAAAGAAGGAAGAACCUGUGAAGGAGGAGGGAAAUGGGAUGGAGGAGGGAGAGAGGGAAGAACCUAUGAACGAGGAGGGAGAGAGGGAAGAACCUAUGAAGGAGGAGGGAAAGAAGGAAGAACAUGUGAAGGAGGAGGGAGAACCUGUAGAACAGGGAGAAGUGGCUAAUGUUGUGACAUUAAUGGAGGAGUGUAUGAUCUCGCAGGAGGAACAGGACAAGAAAAUGGACAAAGAUGUACAAAAGGACAUAAGUUUGACAGAGAACUGUGAUUACAAUGAGUCAGAGAAGCAAUCACAAGAAAUGAUAGCUGCUAAUGAUUCCUUUACAGACCCAGCUAUCAUUAUGAUGAUCAAGUCCUCUGAUAAAUCUGAUGUCAUGCCGGACCAACUUUCCUAUGAUACAGAAAUGUCUGUGUAUGAUCAAAAGUGUGAUGUUUUGUCUGGACUGUUUAGAAUUGAGGAGGAUCCUAGGAAUUUGAUUGAGACUAUUAUGCGUUCAGAUUCUCCUACCGAACCCUCAGUCACACAUGAUCACACACAAUCUGUUAUGAUGUCUAGUGGUGACCCUCAUACAAUGGUGAUGGAAAAUGACAGUCAACUUAUUGAUUAUCUUCUCAAUGUCGCUGAGGAACCGAAAAAUCCAGUUCUGUUUCCAGAAUUACCAUGUAAUGUGGAGCAUUCUUCUGACAGUCUCGCUGAAUUGGAGGGUAUCGAAGAUUUCAUCACGGACAUGGUAACUAACAAGAUUUGUGAUAUAGAUGUUGUCACAGACAUUGAUACGGCAGGGAUUGGUGAUGGAGGAUUUGGGGAGGAGGUAGUAAACCUGGAUCUAGUUCAAGAUGAGAGUGUGAUGAAACUGAUAGAGCAAUGUCAAACUGAGGACCUAACUGAUGGGGAAACCUGUGAUGGUGCAGGUGAGGCUCCAGCCUUAGAAGAACCUGUUUUGGAAGAGGAUGACUCAAAAGAAAGUAUUCAGCACUGUAGCAACCCAGCUGAAUCAGAGAUGGUAUAUAACCUGCUUCAAGACUUGCCCAUCUUACACCAAGAGGUUGAUGAAAAAUCUGGCAAAGAUUGCAUUAAUUUGUCUACAAAUCCAGAUAAUCAAGAAGCGACAGAGAAUCUUGCUGGUGGUGAUCAUGAUCAUGAAUAUAAACAAGCCGUAGUUAAGCAGGACAUUCAGGACCCUAAAGUUACUGUAUUUUGUCAGGAUAUGGAUGUACAACUUCAAGUCGAGUUGGUUGAAUCCCGAACUGAAGAAGAGCCUUAUUCUCCAACCCAGGGAUGUAUAGAAUCAUACACUCCAGUCAAAAGUGUCCCGGACCCUUUUAUCCCAAACCUUACAGAACCAGUCUCACCAAGUCCAGAUAAGUAG